AUGAGAAGUCAUUUGUCACAUCACCACCCAGAAAAGCUCCGAACACAACAACCUACUGUGAGGAAAAAGCCUAAGCCAGGCCAACUGACUCUGACAGAAGUAUUUGGAGCGCCACUUCCCCCUAACAGUCCAAGAGCUCAGGAAAUAACAAGGUGCAUCGGCGAGUACAUGGCCAAAGACUUAAGGCCGUUUUCUGUGGUGGACAACAGUGGAUUUCGGAGGAAUUUAUCAAAGAAGUAUCAACCCAAGAAGAACUCACGAGAGGAGGAUGAGAGCAAGUUCACCUUCUGUCGAGCCUUCCUCACAUCACUUAAUGAGCUCAAUGACUACGCGGGUCAACACGAGGUCAUAGCGGAGAACCUGACGUCUCAAAUCAUCGCCGAGCUGUCACGCUACCUGCAGGAGCUCAAAGCAGAGAGAAAAACCUCCUUCCAUGAUGGGCGCAAGGCACAGCAGCACAUCGAGAGCUCGUGGAAACAGCUGGAAUCGUGUAAAAGAAGGUUUGAGAGGGACUGUAAAGAGGCGGACCGAGCACAGCAAUACUUUGAGAAGAUGGAUGCUGACAUUAACGUGACUAAGGCUGACGUGGAAAAGCGAAGUUCCCACAAGAAACUUCAAGACAUGGAGGAGAAACGAAUUGACAGGGUAGCAGUGUGCAUGAAGACGUUUGCAGACGUGGACCGCCAAGUGCUGCCCAUCGUGGGGAAAUGUUUAGACGGCAUGACGAAAGCCGCCGAGUCCAUCGAGCCCAAGACUGACUCGCAGCAGGUGGUGGAGUCCUACAAGUCAGGGUUUGAGGCUCCGGGCGAUGUGGAGUUUGAGGACUACGGCCAGGCCAUGAAGAGGACGGUGUCUGAGACCAGCCUGUCCAACUCCAAAGAGGUCAAGGAGAGGACCGGGGGCAAGAGCAAGGGCAAACUGUGGCCUUUCAUUAAGAACAAGAACAAGCCCCCACCNNNCCCCCCAGCCUCAUCCCCGCCCUCACCCUCUGCUGUUCCCAACGACCCCCAGUCUCCCAAGCAGCAAAAGGAGCCCCUCUCCCACCGCCUCAACGACUUCAUGAACUCCAAACCUAAAAUGCACUGCCUCCGGAGCCUGAGGCGAGGGCUUUCUCUCAAGCUGGGUUCUGGACAAGAGGACUUCAGCCACCUGCCGCCAGAACAGAGGAGGAAGAAGCUGCAGGGAAAGAUCGACGACCUGAAUAAGGACAUCCAGAAAGAGAUGGACCAGAGGGACGCUCUCACUAAGAUGAAAGACGUGUAUGUGAAGAACCCUCAGAUGGGGGACCCGGCCAGCGUUGACCCCCGGCUGUCAGAAAUAGGCCAGAACAUCGAGAAGUUCCAGUUCGAGGCGCAGAAGUUUGAGGGCUGGUUAGCGGAGGUGGAGGAAAGGAUGCCAUCUAAGAGCGAUUCGAACCGUAGGAGUGGGCUCUAUGAGACCCAGAACAACUCCACUCAACUCCUGAGCAACAACUGUGCGCAGGACAGAGAGAGCCCGGAUGGCAGCUACACAGAGGAGCAGAACUCAGAGACGCAGGUCAAAGCCACCGUCAACCCCACCGUCAACCCCACCGUCAACCCCCCCGUCAACCCCUCCGCCAACCCCGCCCUCCCCACCUCCUCCACGCCGGAGUUCGACGACGAGUUUGAAGACGACGAGAGCCUGCCCACCAUUGGCACCUGCAAGGCCUUGUACCCGUUUGAAGGUCACAAUGAGGGCACCAUCGCCGUGGCAGAGGGCGAGCUGUUAUACGUUAUAGAAGAGGACAAAGGGGACGGAUGGACACGAGUGCGCAGGAACGAGGACGAGGAGGGAUACGUCCCCACGUCCUACGUCGAGGUCUUUUUGGAAACAAAUGCCAAAGAUUCCUAAAAGUGUGAGGCUGGAUGAGGAAUGGCAGGGCAAGCAGUCUGGGAGAAACCACCAUGUUCCUCGCGCGCUCACAGAGUCAGAGAGAGAAAGUGAAAGACGACCUCAAUCUAAAAAGAGAGGGACGCCCGAUUAGUACGCAUCUCAAUUUCCCAAAAACCUUUACGAAACAAACCCUGCUUCCUCUGCGAAGAGAAGCCACGAUAAGAGAAGUCCAUCUAAAUUUUAGAGCUCAUAACCCUUUCCACUGUUAACAGCCAUGCAGCAGUCACAACCACAGUAUUCAAUCUGCCUUUUUCAGCUUGCUUUAAUGUAACUAACUCGCUUGCACCACACGCGGUCAUCAACGUGGCUGUUUGCUUCCUCACUCUGAACACCCCC